GUUGAGCUGAGGACUAAAGUCUUGGAGGCCAAACAUCAGGAGGAUACACUGAGGAUGCAGCAGAAACAUGAUGCCGAGAUCCAGAAGAUUUUGGACCGUAAGAACGGUGAGAUUGAUGAGCUGAAGAGCAUGUAUCGAGGGAAGCAGAAGGAGGCGGAGGAGACGGUUCGGAGGCUGGAGAAGAGAGUUCAAAGCCUGCUGCGAGAGUCCCAGGUCAUCCGACAGACCAAAGAGAAACAGAUCAUCGAGCUGAAGAAAAUGUCUGAUCAAAGUGCUGAAUCUCUGAAAAACGAAUGGGAGAAGAAGUUUCAUGCUGCGGUGGCAGAGAUGGAACAGGAGAAGUCUGAGAUGCAGAAGCAGCACACAGACAACAUCCAGAAGCUGCUGGAGGACACCAACCAACGGCUCGCCAAGAUGGAGGCCGAGUACAGCGGCCAGAACCAGGCCACUGAGCAGAUGGUGCACGAGCUGGAGUCACGGGUUAAGCAGCUCUCCGUGGAAGUGAAGGACGGGAACCUGCUUCGGCAGAAGGUCACACAGGAGAAAGCCCAGUUAGAGAUUCAUAUCGCCUCCAUCAGCGCUGAGCUACAAGAGGCCCACCACAGGGUCGUGUCCCUGCAGACUGAGAUGGAGAGGAUGAGAGACCAGCAUGAGGACUCGCUGCAGAAACUUCAGGCCAGACACAACGCAGACAUGAGCCACUUCCAGCAGGAACACACACUCUCUGCAGCCAAGGCAUCGGAGGGGAUGGAGGAUUUGGAGAAGACUGUGGUUCUCCUGAAACAGCAGAUUCAGGAGACUGAAAACAGGAGACAGAGACAGCUCAGGGACCAAGAGAAUAAGAUGCAGCAAGAGAUAACAGAUCUGCAAAACAGCACUGUCAAAAAGUUGCAGACGCUUCAGGCCCAGCUGGAGAAGGAACGGGUUGAUAGCAAGAGGAAGAUCAGCAAGAUGGAGGACUCACUCAGGGAUAAAGAUGAGCAGCUGGCUCGUGUUCGGGACAGUCAGAGACAUCAGGCCCAUCAGGCUGAGAAGGCACUGGAGAACUUUAAGAAGCAAGUGGAGCUCAGCUCAGAGAAGACCUAUGCUGACAUGAAGCAACAGAUGGAGAAAGUGGAGUGUGAUCUGAUCCGCUCGAAGUCUCUACGAGAGCAGCAGUGUAAAGAGUUCGGCUUGCAGAUGGAGGAGUUACAGCGGAGAUGCGAGCAGCAGAUUGUGGAGCUGAAACUGCAGCAUGAACAGGAGCGGACGCACCUACUCCAGGCACACAAUGCCGAGAAGGACAGCCUGGUCCAGGAACACCAGCGGGAAAUCGAUAGUUUGGACAAGCAGGCGAGGGCCGCCAUGGUCCAACAGCAAACGCAAACACAGGACUGGAGGAAGCGCGACGCUCAGACCAUCUCGGAUCUGGAGUCCCAGGUGCGUUCCCUGAGGAAGGAGCUUCUGGCGGCCCACAGUCAGAGGACACAGCAGCUGACAGAGUUGGGUUUACUGCGGGAGGAGGAGCGACAGCGGGCCGCUCACGACCAGCAAGCCGCUCUGGACCGCAUGCGGGCCGAGAUGGAUCACGUGCGGCAGGACCUGGAAAAAUCCCACAAGACUGAAAGAGAGCUGGCACAAGAGAAGACCAACAGCAAGCUGAAGCAUCUCGAGAAGGAGUAUAAUCAGAAGCUGGCCAAGUCUGCACAGGUGAUCGCUGAGCUGCAGACGUCUCUAAAGAACCUGAAAGAAGACAGCCGACAGAUCCAGCAGAGCCUCGAGACACAAAUACAGGAGGAACAGAGCCGCUGGGACCAGGAGAGGACACAGCUCAACAGAGACGCCAGCCAGGCCAACAAGGCUCUUCAGGAUCGUGUGGAGACUCUUCAGAAACAGCUGCACGCCGCGGAGAAGAAGCUGAUGAGCCGAGAGCUGGAGUACCAGGAGCAGAUCACACAUGUCCAUCAGGAGUGUGAGUUGAAGAUUAAAGGCCUGAUGCCUGCAGAGCUACAGCAGGAGCUGAACGACACCAUCGCCUCGCUAAAGUCACAGGUGAAGUUCCUGCAGAAGAGAGCGUCAGUCCUACAGGAGCAGCUCGACGCUGGACACAUCAGGAGGUAGUGGAUGAUAGUAAUAUGUGCUCAUGGGAGCCGUCCUCCUCAUCCUCGCUCACUCACGCUGAUCUCGUCUGAUGUGCCACUUUUACAGCCAUAUCUAUAUGUACCUAGGCAUUUUAUUUAUUUCAUUUUUUUUGUUGUUGACUUCAUUGUUAUAAUGUAUAAUGUUCAUCAGUGAAAUACGUCCAUUGUUUUUAUUAUUCUCAUCAUUAUUAUUAAAUGGUUUCUUAAAUCCCA